GGCGUUUUUAUUAAUUUAUUUUUUAUUUGGCGUUUUAACCCCUGCAUUCUCAGUAAAAGUCAUGUUUUGCUUUCAUUAUGUGAAUCAGGGAUUUUUGUUAAUGGAUUGGGGAAAAACUACACUAAAGGAAAAACCUGUCCAAGCAUGCUGGGAAUUGUAGUUUUGCAACAGCUGGAGGCACACUGGUUGGGAAACAUUGGAUUAACCCCUCCAGUGCUGGCAGCCCAGUAACAAUAGCUUCAUGUGAGUGCAGAGAACAGAGCAGUGAUUCAGUAUCAUCCAGCAAUGUUCUGUAGAUCCAGAAUGCUGCAGCUUAUAGAAGACCAUCUUGUCCUCCCCACUUUCCUCCUUAUCUAAGAUGCUAUCACAGUAAAUGGAGGGUAAACAGAUAGAGGUAAGUGGUCUAAUAACAGCCCAAAACAGAGUAGCCUGGAGGGUAGAGAAGACUCAGACAGGGGCUGAUAAUGAUGAGGCAGUCUGUGCCAGGGAUCUGAUGAUGCCUGCAGCUGCCAGCUUCUGUGCCACACUGGGGCAUCUGGGAUCACAUAUGGGUUGCAGACCCAAUGGCUGAGAACUCUAGAAAUAAAUAAAGGACGUUGUGUGAGAGGAAGGAGUAAGUGAUCCAGCAGAUAAGUCAUCCAGCAGAUAAGUCAUCCAGCAGAUAAGCUAGGGGCACGUCAGGAUACCAGGCACAUGGAGGGUAGACGUGUCCUGGACCAUCUAGGUAGGUGUGAUGAGGAGUUGCAGGCACUGGCAGCAUGUAAUCUACAGCAGUGAUCAGCUGAGAUCCAGUGGCAGCUCCUUAUCUGCUGGGGAUAGGAUCUGGGAUUAGGAGAUCAUUGCCGGCUGUCUCCACUACACAUAUACAUAGCCCCACUAGCCAGCAGCUACCUCAUGUGUCUCACACUGGUCGGGAGGAUUUAGGCUUGUGUGGUGAAAAAACACAGGAGGAGGGGUGCAGGGGAAGAAAAUAAAGGAAACGGAAGCCAAGCAAAAGAGUAAUAGUAGCAGCAGCAGCAGUGUAUCCAACAGCAGCAGCAGUGUAUCCAACAGCAGCAGCAGAGGGACCCUCCUGUGAUCAGCACUGGCUUCAUACACUCCAAUAGCAACAGCAGCAGGAGCUCAGGGACCCUCCUAAUAUCAGUCCUGUCUUCCUACACUCCAGCAGCAGCACCAGCAGAGGGACCCUCCUCAGAUCAGCUCUGUCCUUAUUGACUCCAGCAGAGGGACCCUCCUCAGAUCAGCUCUGUCCUUAUUGACUCCAGCAGAGGGACCCUACUGAGAUCAGCUCUGUCCUUAUUGACUCCAGCAGAGGGACCCUCCUGAGAUCAGCUCUGUCCUUAUUGACUCCAGCAGAGGGACCCUCCUCAGAUCAGCUCUGUCCUUAUUGACUCCAGCAGAGGGACCCUCCUCAGAUCAGCUCUGUCCUUAUUGACUCCAGCAGAGGGACCCUCCUCAGAUCAGCUCUGUCCUUAUUGACUCCAGCAGAGGGACCCUCCUGUGAUCAUCUCUGUCCUUAUUCACUCCAGCAGAGGGACCCUACUGAGAUCAGCUCUGUCCUUAUUGACUCCAGCAGAGGGACCCUCCUGAGAUCAGCUCUGUCCUUAUUGACUCCAGCAGAGGGACCCUCCUGUGAUCAGCUCUGUCCUUAUUGACUCCAGCAGAGGGACCCUCCUGAGAUCAGCUCUGUCCUUAUUGACUCCAGCAGAGGGACCCUCCUGAGAUCACCUCUGUCCUUAUUGACUCCAGCAGAGGGACCCUCCUGAGAUCAGCUCUGUCCUUAUUGACUCCAGCAGAGGGACCCUCCUGUGAUCAGCUCUGUCCUUAUUGACUCCAGCAGAGGGACCCUCCUGAGAUCAGCUCUGUCCUUAUUCAUUCCAGCAGAGGGACCCUACUGAGAUCACCUCUGUCCUUAUUCGUUUCAGCAGAGGGACCCUCUUGAGAUCACCUCUGUCUUUAUUCAUUCCAGCAGAGGGACCCUCCUGAGAUCACCUCUGUCCUUAUUUAUUUCAGCAGAGGGACCCUCUUGAGAUCACCUCUGUCUUUAUUCAUUCCAGCAGAGGGACCCUCCUGAGAUCACCUCUGUCCUUAUUGACUCCAGCAGAGGGACCCUCCUAAGAGUCUCACUUCAUAACAGGAACAGAGGGACCCUUCUAACAUCUGACCUUAUCCUCACACACUCCAGAAACAGCACCAGCAGAGUCACUUUUCCUGAGGUCAGACUUGUGCUCAUAGACCUCAGCAGCAGCACUAGCAAUGGGACUUUCCUGAGGUCAGCAGCACCAGCAGAAGGACCUUAUCCCUUAACCCUUAUCAUCCCCAGAAUCCAGUAUCAGCAGAGGCACCCAGCAAAGAUCAGCUCCUGUUCUCAUAUGUCCCAAAACCUGUCCCAGAAGAAGGAUCUUCCUCAGAUCAACCCCUGUCCUCAUACAUCACAUUCCAGCCAACAGCAGCAAAGGCACCCAGCUGUGAGCAGCCCAUGUCCUCACUGUCUAUCUGCAUCAUCCCCAGUGGGACCCUUGUGAUCAGCUCCUGACCUCAUAUACUCCAGUAGCAGUAACCUUCCCAUGAUAAGCCCUUGACCUCAUUCACUACAGCAGCAGCAAUAGACUCUCCUGGAAGAGUUUCUGUCAUCGUACACUCCAGCACUGCAUACUGGCAAGGAGCUACAAUAAGUCUGACUCCGGAUCUUCUGCAGACUGGAUCUGUUGGGACAAUGAACUUCUGCUUGGCCAGUAGUUUGCCUCUGCCAAUGUGUGCCAGCUCUCCUGGGAUUACCACACUCACUGGAUGGAUAUUUAUAUUUACAUCUUUUUUGCACAUGUCGGUGGGAUCCUCAUUCUUGACAGAAUUGGUGCAGGAUACAAUUACAGUGCAGGCAGGCUCUGUGGCAAAAUGUGAAAAUGAAGGAGAAGCCCUACAAAUUCCAUUCAUCACUGACAACCCCUGUAUCUCCUGUGUGUGCCUGAAUCAAGAAGUAACCUGCAAGAGAGAAAAAUGCCCUGUGGUUUCAAAGGAUUGUGCUCUGGUCAUAAAGCAGAGAGGAGCUUGCUGUGAACGUUGUAAAGGUUGUAGCCUUCAUGGUCAUCUAUAUAAUAGUUCAAUGAAAUGGCACGAUCCAGAACAUCCCUGCAGUACCCGUCAAUGUCAGGAAGGAGUCAUCACAGAAUCUCAAGUGCAAUGUCUAGUUCACUGUAAGAACCCAGUAAAGAUACCAGGGCGAUGCUGUCCUACAUGUCCAGGUUGUGUAUAUGAAGGCCGACACUAUAAAGAAGGAGAUGAAUUUCAGCCAGAAGAGAACAAAUGUCUUAAGUGUUCCUGCAUAGGAGGCAGGACACAGUGCAUUAAAGAAGUCUGCCCAAUUCUGUCAUGCCCCCAGCAUCUCAGUCAUAUUCCUACUGGACAGUGUUGCCCCAAAUGCAUAGGCCAAAGAAAAGUGUUUGACCUGCCUUCUGGCAGUUGCCUUUUUCGAAGUGAUGUCUACGACAAUCAUUCCAGCUUUAUGUAUGACAGCUGCACGACAUGCACCUGCAGGGACUCCACCGUAGUCUGUAAAAAGAAGUGUUCUCCUGCAGGAACGUGUACUAAUGGACAGGAGCAUUGUUGUGAAGAGUGUGUCUCCUAUGUGCCUGCUGAAGAAGUCAAAGUCUGCAAGUCUGGAAACAAGAUAUUCAGGGAUGGAGAGAUGUGGUCCUCUGUCAACUGCACCAUCUGUUCUUGUGUGAAAGGCAAGACAGAGUGUCGCAAGAAGCAAUGCAUUCCAGUCAACAGCUGCCCCCAAGGGAAAAUACUUAAUAGAAAGGGAUGUUGUCCAAUUUGCACUGAAAAGCCUGGAGUAUGUACUGUAUUUGGAGAUCCCCACUACAAUACCUUUGAUGGACGAACAUUCAACUUUCAAGGAACUUGCCAGUAUGUCUUGACCAAGGACUGCUCAUCUUCUACCUCAUCUUUUGAAGUGCUAGUAAAAAAUGAUGCUCGGCGAACACACUCUUUCUCGUGGACAAAGACAGUAGAUCUAGUAAUGGGAGGAAGCACUAUUAGUCUUCAUCAGCAUCUUACAGUGAAGUGGAAUGGAACACGGAUUUCGCUUCCAUAUGAAACACCUCAAUUUCAUAUCGACCUUGAUGGCUACCUUCUAAAAGUGACGACCAAAGCAGGAUUGGAGAUCUCUUGGGAUGGAGACAGUUUUGUGGAGGUUAUGGCAGCCCCUCGCCUUAAAGGAAAACUUUGUGGUCUGUGUGGUAACUACAAUGGACACAAGCGAGAUGAUCUCAUAGGUAGCGAUGGCAACUUCAAGUUUGACGUGGACGAUUUUGGUGAUUCCUGGAGAGUGGAAUCUAAUGAAUUCUGUAACCGCCCUCGUAGGAAAACUCUGCCAGAGUUAUGUCAAGGGACUGUUAAGGUUAAACUCCGAGCUCACAGGGAAUGUCAGAGGCUAAAGUCCUGGGAUUUUCAAAGCUGUCACUCAACAGUUGACUACGCCAUGUUCUAUCGAUCAUGUGUGACAGACAUGUGUGAGUGCCCGGUGCAUAAAAACUGCUAUUGUGAAUCCUUAAUAGCUUAUGCCAGAGCAUGUCAAAGGGAAGGUGUUAAAGUUCCAUGGAAGCCUGAAAAUAACUGUGCAGCAACCCAGUGUAAACAUGGAGCAGUAUAUGACACCUGUGGUCCGGGAUGCUUAAAGACUUGUGAAAACUGGAAUGAAAUCGGUCCGUGCACAAGGCCGUGUGUGGCUGGUUGUCACUGCCCAGCUAAUUUAGUACUUCACAGAGGAAAGUGCAUCAAGCCAGCAUUCUGUCCUCAGCGGUGACACACAUCUUUCAUCAAGAACUUUUUAAUGCUGACGGUUUCAUUUAAAACUCUCAGCCAAUGAAGGACUCAAGUGUUUGGACACGGAACUUGUAAAAUAAUUACAUGCUAAAACGAUCACACAUGGACGCAACUGACUAAUAUAAAUAUGAUAUAUAUAUAUAUAAAUACAAAAUUAUUCAUCAUUUAUAUAAGCAAAGAAAAUCAAUUUAUUAUAUGUAUAUUUUUUGCUAUAAUGUUUAUGUAUUAUUUUUAGGAUUUUAUCCUUUAAACUAUUUGAACAAUUGUAUAAAUAAAACAGAUGUUUCUAAUUGAAUAUCAUGGCUGUACUGCCUAGCCUUCCUUUUACAUUUUAAAGAAGACUUUUUAUUGCAGAACCUUUUGCCAAAGUGAAUUUAUUUCAACAUUCAGAUUGAAUUUACAGUUAAAACUGGAAGCAUGAAGCAUGCACAUCUCAAGUGAAAGAC